UAUGGAUCAUAACUAAUUUGUAUGCAAGUUUCUCACUAUAUGAUAGGGUAUUGAAAUCGCCAAGAAAUUCUAACAGUUCUUUGCUCACAUGAACAAGUUUUGUUAACAAUUUUUGAAGGACUAGAAUGUACCUGAGAUCCCGACCGCAACAGAGAAGAAGAAGGAACGAGACCCAAAUGCUCCAAAAAAGCCUUUGACACCCUUCUUUUUAUUUAAUUAGAAGUACAGAGAGAAGGUAGUUGAACGAAACCCAGGUAUUGAUAUUUAGUAAAUAUACAUAGAGAUUAAGCUCACUUAGAUAUCUUAGAUGGCUGGAAAUAAAUGGUCAUCUAUGAGUGAAUAGGAGAAGAAAGUAUAGAUUUUUACUAUUGUCCAUAGCCUUAUCUCGACCAAUACAAUGCAGCUAAGGAAAUAUAUGAAUAAGAGUUGAAAGAUUACAAUGAGAAAAAUGGUAUUCAAACCAAUGAUAAGAAACGCAAGAAGUCAGAGAAAGUAAUAUGAAUCAUUAACAAACAAUAGUUUGAUGAAAAAUCAAUGAAAUCUGCUGUUGAUCACAAUGUUGAUGACUUUGAGUCUGAAUCUAUUCAACCUGCCGCCAAACAUUAGCAAUAAAUCAAACAAUAAUAAUAGAAGCAAAGCAAUAAUGAUGAUUAAGUCAAAUAGUAAGCAGGAAAAUAGACUAAAUAAUAACCAUAGCAAAAAUAAAAUCCAGCAUAGACAAAAAAAGGUAAGCAUGUAGAAAUAGAUGAUGACAUCCAAAGAGAUAUUGAUUAGGCAAUGAGCAAUCCAAAAUAGCCAUAAAAAAAAUAGAAAAAAUGA